GACGUCACACAGGAGGCUGUAGAAGGCCGUAGAAAUGGCAGGAAUACUCGAGAAACAGGAGACUGAGGGUAUAAAAGUGCAAAAGCGCUCACAUAAACAGAUUACCAGGACAAGACGCCGCUGUCCUUCUACUGUCCAAGUGAAGAUCUAAGCACUGCUGAUUCGACAUGUGGUCGUCUUCUCUCUUUCAGCCUUCGUUUAGCACACCGAUGGCAGUGAGAGUUCCCGUCAGUGCGCUGUGGCCUCAGUCGCAGCUCAUUUGUGUUGAAAUGGAGAAUGAAAUGGCGAGGCAGAUGGACAACAUGAGGAGAAGCGCUGACCUGAUGAAUCAGCUCCAGCAUUUCUUACGGAGAGAGACCCUUGAUGCAGAGACAGCUCCCAGCUCGGCUGCACGUAGAGCACCUUCAUGCAAGGUGGAGAAGGACGGACAGCACUUUUCUGCUACUCUGGAGGUGGAAGACUUCAUUCCCGAGGAGCUGACAGUUAAACAGGUGGGACGGAAAGUCUUGUUGAGCGGAAAGAAAGAAAAGAAAGAGGAAAGCGAAGAGGGAUCCUACAGCUACAGGUACCAGGAGUUCAGACGAGAGCUCGAGCUGCCAGAAGACGUGAACCCCGAGGAGCUGAGCUGCUCGCUAAACAACGGACAGCUGCGCAUCGAAGCACCAUGGAUGGCACUGCCCAGUGUGCCCGAGAGAGUGGUGCCCAUUAAAAGUGACAACACGGGGUGCAUUAAGAGUGGAGAGGAGCAAAAGAAGGAGUGUGGGAUGGAAAGGGAAUGAGCAAAUGUUUCAAGUGGACUUUUCAUAAAAAGAUGCAGAAAUUGUCUGCCAUCUUACUUGUUUAAAAUGCUGGUUAGCUAUGUAGUAAACCUUGCAUUUAAUUUGAUAUUUUGUUUUUUCUGUGGCUGUGUUUCCAACUAAAAGUUUUGCCUCUCAACUUUAUAAAUGGCAUUAGAUAUGUGAGGGGGAGAAAUGAAAAUAAGUGUACGUUAAAAUAGCCUAGUUAAGUCGUUAUGCAGAUAAUUUGUAAAGCUCAUUGUAAGAGAGAAAAGUUGAUUUACUUCUUCUGAUUGCAUUUUUCAGAAUAAUUGUGUUCUCCAUUCUCCUCUUAAUCUUAAAAGAUUGUUUUCCGUUAUCCAUUGAUCAAGUUUAUCACAUGGAUACAGACAGUAUGCAGUAAGCCUUCCAUUUCGUUUGUAUUUUUUUCCAUGAGGCUGUGUUUCCUAUUAAAAGCCUCUUGACUUUUGUAAAUGGUUUGGGAUAUACAAGGGGGGAAAUGUUUAUGUUAAAAAAAUAAUAAUAAAGAUGUUAUGUGCAGUAGAUAUGUUUGAAAAGUUCAUUGCAAUAAAAAAAGUUGAUUUACUUCUUUUUUGGUUGUAUUUUUCAGAAAAAUUCUGCCCUCUAUUCUUCUCUUAAUCUUAAAAACAGAUUGUUUUCUGUUAUACAUUUCUGAAGUUCAUCAGUUCAUUGUAUGCAAAGUUUCAUAUUAACUAUCAAUAAAAGUCAGUGCCAAACUGAAACUUGUGAACCGCA